GCUGCUCCGGGUGAGGGCGCCGCUGUAGUUUGACAAAUACCAGGACUCUAUUUCCCAUGAGUCUACGCGGCGCAUAUCAGGGAAGGUCUAAAACGUCUGUGUCCGCCACCUGUGGCUGUUAAGAGGCGCUGAGCGAUGGGAUUGGCCGGGACGCGAUUUCCUGUUAGUCUUGAGUCCAGUUAGGGUGAAGAGAACCGUGAGUCCCUCAGUUCACCAAAGUAGGUGUGUUGGAUGCUGUAGUGGAGAAGGUCCUUCUCCAGAAGUUGGAAGAAACCUGGAUGAGAUUACUGAGUCGGGAACCAAGAUGGGGCAACAGAUUCAGGUUCGAAUGACCAAUGACAUCACAGAGUUCCGACCUCCCUGAUUGGAAGGACCAAACUCCGUGGUGCUUGAUGGCUGAGAUGGACAACAGCAUCUUCUUGGAGCUUGCCCCCUACUUCUAGCUUCUCCCCUGCCUGGAGAAGGGAUAACAGGCUAUAUUCAGCCAAAAUCUGGAAGAGGAGUUUGGACAGAUCUGGGUCUAGGUUUCGUGGAAGGGAAGAAAGAGUUUGGGAAAAAUCAUGGCCAAUUGUCAACCGUGUUCCCAGUCUCAGGAACAGAGCCCCAGUUCCUCAGGGUACCUCCUGGAGAUGGUGAUAGAGGAAGAUAGUCCAGGACCGCCAGUCCCCUGGGUGGAUCCCAGCCCCCAGCCACAGUCUCCAGGCUGGAGGAAGAAGAGAGAGUGGCCAGCAGCUUUGGAGGAGGAGGAGGAGCUAGCCAAGGAGACAGCCCCUGAGGCUCAGGACACCUGGGUGGUGGAGACACUGCAUGGGCUCAAGAUGAAGCUGAAGAGACAGUGGGUGUCUUCUGUGCUGCCUGUGUACCACGAGGUCUUCAGCAAGUUGCUAGAAGAUCCUGUCAUUAGAAGAUUUCUGACCUGGGACAAGAAUCUGAGGGUAUCAGACAAGUAUCUCUUGUCUAUGGUCAUAGCUUACUUUAGCAGGGCUGGCCUCUUCUCUUGGCAGUACCAACGCAUUCAUUUCUUCUUAGCACUCUACCUGGCCAACGACAUGGAAGAGGAUAACCAGACCCCGAAACAAGUCAUCAUUUCAUUCCUCUAUGGGAAGAACAGCUCCCAGCGGUCCUUGUUCCACAAACUGCGAUUCCAAUUCAUCCGUUCCAUGGGCUGGAGGACUAGGGUCUCCCGGAAAGAGUGGAACUGCCUGUCUUUCCAGAUCCAGGCUUUUGAUCCAGAGCUGUGGGUGUGGGGACGAGACCGUUCUCUUAUUCCCUAGAGC